AUGGUAAGUCACAAGCAAGUACGCCAGAACCUCUUCAUAGCAGCCUUCUUUUCGCUGUCUGCCUGGGCCCAGAGCAGUCCCCCAACGGGCGCGUUGAUUGUGAGGCAGGGAUCAUCAACUAGCAGAGGAGAAUUUUCCACCAUUUCUGCGGCUGUGGCCUCCUUGGCGAGACUAACUGGACCACAGACCAUAUUCAUCUAUCCCGGCACCUACACCGAGAAAGUUAAAAUAACCUAUCCUUAUUCUCUAAGUGUGCAGGGGUACUCCGCCAAUCCCACCUCUACGGCAAGCAAUCAAGUGACCGUGAACGCGGCUGUUAGCGCAGCUCAGGCUGGUAGCAAUUCUAACAGUGCAACAAUCUGGGCUCACAGUUCGGGGAUUCGCAUCUCAAACCUAAACAUCAUCAACUCUUUCGGAACAGGCAGAGAUACUCAGGCGCUCGCCCUAGCUUCCACGGGGAACAGACAAGCAGCUUCCAGGAUACCGUUGAAGUCCGAAGGAACCGCUUAUUUCUACGGAUCUCAUAUCGAAGGUGCAGUAGGUGGGUGCUCAGCUCUCCUUACAAGCCUAAAUUAUUUCGACAUUUUGGGAAAGCAAGGAAACGUUCUUAAUCAAACCAAAUCUUACCCUUCUCAAUGCACCAACCAAUUCCUACCUUUCUCAAUGCACCUUCUUCCGCUGGCCUGUUACGCUCUAGACUUCAUAUUUGGACCCGGCUCAGCUUGGUUUGAAUCUGUCGUCUUGGGUGUGAAGUCCUCACCCACCCCUGUUAUCACUGCGCAAAGAAACAGUCCAGGCGGUGGAACAGCCUUUGUAUUCAACCACGCACAAAUCGUCUCGGCCGGCGCUAAACCUGGUUCAGCCUACCUUGGUAGACCAUGGUCCCCAGACGCCAGCGUGGUUUACCAAUUCUGUUCCUUGAGUAAUGUCAUCAAUCCGCAAGGGUGGAAAAUUUGGUCUCCUAGUCAGCCGAACACUGACCGCGUGAAUUUCCAAGAAUUCCAAAACGUCGGUCCGGGUGCAAGCACAAGUGCUCGUCAAAUUGGUACUCAAAGGUCAGCUCAGGUGAACAUCGCAAGUAUUUUAGGAUCUGAUUACAGCACAUGGGCACAAUAGGUCCACGCCUGUGAAGGCGAGAAUCUA